CAGUUUCCAAAGACCAGUGAUCCGUAAUAUCGAGCACGCGGAUAUACCGCCCAGUCUGAGCAGUGUUAGAAGCAACGAGUUUAAGCGUUGAACGGCUUGCCAUGGCGAACAAAGGGGUCGAGUUAUACCCAGUUGGCUAUGAUAGCCGCGCAGGUUUGGCAGAUUCCGAGAUCAGGCAAAGUAAGGCAAGUUUGGGUAACAAUGGAGAGCCAGAAGUUGAAUACGUAGAAGAACGAGAGACUUGGGGGAGAAAGCUGGAUUUUUUGCUUUCGUGCAUCGGAUACGCCGUCGGUCUAGGAAACGUUUGGCGCUUUCCUUAUCUUUGUUACAACAACGGUGGAGCUUCCUUCCUGAUUCCUUACGUGAUUUUCUUGGUGUUUUGUGGAAUUCCCAUUUUCUACCUGGAGGUCGCCCUCGGUCAGUAUACCCAACAAGGCGUGGUCGGUGCCUGGGCAGCCUAUGUUCCCUUCUUGGGAGGUAUAGGCCUUGGCAUGGUUAUCAUCACCUUUUUGUGCAGCGUGUAUUACAAUGUCAUCUUGGCGUGGACAUUUUACUACCUGUUUGCAUCAUUCCAAAAGCAUCUACCGUGGGAAAAUUGUGGAAAUAAAUGGAACACUGGCUUGUGUCAGACAAACCGCUCAGCUUCCUGUGAUAAAGACGAUUGUGGGUGGGUCUCCCCAGAAGAAGAAUAUUUUAACGUAAAAGUCCUUCAACUAAGUGAAGGUAUCCAUGCUGCUGGUGAAGUGAGGUUUGAACUCGCCAUGUGUCUUCUCCUGGGAUGGAUCGUUGUUUACUUCUGUGUCUGGAAGGGAAUAAAGUCUGCUGGAAAGGUUGUUUAUUUCACAGCCACGUUUCCAUAUGUGGUUUUGUUUAUUCUGCUUAUUCGCGGAGCCACCUUGGAAGGUGCAGCCAAGGGGGUUGAAUUCUAUCUGAAACCCAACAUGACAAGACUGAGCGAUCCGCAGGUGUGGGUGUCGGCCGCUGGUCAGAUCUUCUUCUCAUUGAGUGUUGGAUUUGGCGGGCUCAUAACAUAUGGCAGCUACAACAAAUUUAAGAACAACUGUGAGAAAGACACGCUUAUUGUGUCCCUUAUCAACUGUGGUACAAGCCUUUUUGCUGGCUUUGUCAUAUUCACCAUGAUGGGUUACAUGGCACAUGUCCUUCAAACAACUGUUGGAAAAGUCGUCAAAGGAGGGCCUGGUUUGGCAUUCAUAGCCUACCCUGAAGGAAUCAAGCAGAUGCCUGCAUCACCUUUCUGGGCCUUUAUUUUCUUUUUUAUGUUGUUCAAUCUUGGACUGGACAGUCAGUUUGUCGGUGUAGAAACGGUCACAACAGUGCUGGCAGACUGGAGACCAGGCUUCCGUCGCUAUAAAUCCGUCAUUACACUGGGUUUCUGUAUCGUGUGCUACCUACUCGGACUUGCUCACGUGACUCAGGGUGGCAUGUACGUGUUUCAAAUGUUUGAUUAUCAGGCAGGAGGGAUAUCCCUUGUGUUGAUAGCUUUCAUGGAGGCCGUAGGCAUAGGAUGGUUCUACGGUAUCGAGCAAUUUUGCACUGAUAUCGAGAAUAUGAUCGGCCACCGUCCCAACAUGUACUUUCGUCUCUGCUGGAAAUUCAUCUCCCCUCUGAUCAUCUUCGUCAUCUUCGUCUGGUUCUGUGUGGACUGGACAGGCAUAUCUUACAACGGCAAGCAAUAUCCCGGAUGGGCCGAAUUCUUGGGCUGGAUGUUGUGUAUAUCGGCCGUUUUGUGUGUCCCUGGAUAUGCCUUCUAUCGGUGGUGGAUACUACCAGAGGGAACUGCUUACGAGCGUUUCCGCACAAUUCUCCAACCUGAUCAAGCAGUCAUGGAAAAGAUCGCACGAAGAAACAACAUCAAACGAAAUAAGUAUACUUACUAUCUGUAAUACAAGACGGAGCUUUAAACAUGGAACUUCAGUGUAAUCAUAUAAUCGAGUUACUAUUUUACCGCAUAAUUAAUCACUACCUCUUAAUACUGCUAGUUCAUGCCCUGUAUUUCUUUUAAUUAAAUAUAUGCCUUUUCUUCAGAUAGCCAAAAGUAUAUUUACAUCACAAUCGGCUUGAAAUUUUGGCUUAAAACUAACACCUAAGGUAAAACCUUUUGGUCUAACGUUAAGGACUUAAUUUCUCUUCUUAUUGGGAGGGUCUAAGGUAUGUACCAGUUAUUUUGUAUCUUUCUUUUAAAAAGCUACCGCAGAAAAUUUAAGUUGUGCGAAAUAGGAAUUAAAUAGUGUCUUCCCUGUAACUCUAAUCGAGCAGAGCUCAACCAGCCGAAAGGAAAUGGUGGUGGUAAUGACCAUAUGUGCAGUGGGGACAAUAAUUUCUUCCAAGAGGGUUAAUUAAGUUGAUAUUAUUUUAUUGGUCUUGACGCACGCACGCCUUAAUGUAUUUUUUUCGAAGCUUUUCUGUAGUUUUUAGGUGUCAGAAUUUUUGUUAUUCAGCUUUUCUCUAUAUCGCAAGAUUAUGUUCAGUAAGGCUUCAAAGAACCGUUGUAGUCAAGGGCUGAAAAAAUGAGAUAAGAUUAAGUUAUAGGAUUGCUUAAGCUGGAAUGUAAUCAUUUAAACUUUAGGAACGAUUUUCGUGGAUAAUGUGAUUUGGGUCUUGAGUGUUUUUCCCUAAUUCGACGUCACGUUUUGGUUCUUAUUCAUUAAUGAGAUACUUUGUAAAACGUGUUAAAGUUUCAGGAUUUUCGAUCGAUGCUUAUUAACUUCAUAAGAGGAGAACAUCCUGAGAGAGAAGUGUUUACUGAGAGAGACCAUUCCAUUGCUGGUUCUGGGAAUGUAGAGUGGCCACAGAAAAUCCCAGCGGUCAAAACUCUCCAUUUAGUGCAGAGAAUUCAACCCCUUGAAUUUAAGAGCGAAAAUUCCACUGUUAGGUCCUGGAUCGGGUUUGUUUCGCGCUUGAAAUUCCAAAUUGCCCGAACCUGAUAAUGAUGAAGUCAGCGGUAAUAUAUUUACCAAGUGGCCAUUUUGAUUUUCAAAACCCAAUUUCGUUGACCUCAGUAAAACACGGGCUCAUUUUAGGUUGUAGAAUAAUUAUCCGUUUAAUAACAUCCGCAAGAGUACAGAUUUGCACAGUAGGCUCAGUAUUACUCUCAGUUACAGCUAAUGUAAUUUAAAAGCAAAUAAAAAUGGGAUUAGA